UCUUCUGUUUUCCAGAGUGAAAAUGGCUGAUUAUCAAGUGACCGUGUCCACUUCCUAUCUGGAUGAUGCCGGCACUUGUGACCAUGUCUUCAUUAAGCUGGUGGGAAAGGAUGGUAAGAGAAAACACACGAGGCUCAUGGACUCCAAGGGAGAGUCAUCCUUCAUCAGAGGAACAGUGUCUACUUUUACCGUGUCCUGCCCUGUCUCCAUUGGAAAGCUGGUCAUGAUAAAGCUGGACAAACAGCCUUCCCAAAAUCCAGACAAGUGGUUUCCCACCAAGGUGGAAGUGAAAUCCCCCAAGGGAGACACCUUCAAGUUUCUCAUCUGCCAAUGGAUCACUGACAGCAAGGUGCACAGCUUCAGAGAGGGAAUAGAACCAGACAAACAGCCGUUCCAAAAUCCAGACACUGGGUUCUCUUCCCCUGCAGGAGACACCUACAACUUUUCCAUCUACACUGACAGGGAGGUGCACCGCUUCAGAAAGGGAAGAGAGCCAGACAAACAGCCCAUCCGAAAGCCAAACUUUGGUUUCUCUUCCCCUGCAGGAGACACCUACAACUUUUCCAUCUACUGCCGGAGCGCUGACAGUGAAGUGCACCGCUUCAGUGACGGAAAAGUACCUACUGAAAUACUGCCUCUUGACUAUAAUUUUGGAUGGGAACCAGACAGGAAACAGCGAGAGAAAGACUAUCGCUGGCAUGAGCAUAUAAAGGGAAUACCCCACUGCAUGAAGGCAGAAGACCUCUCUGAUCUGCCUUCUGAGGUCCAGUUCUCCUUCAUCAAGAAGGCAGAGUUUAAGAUAACUGCAGCUGUUGGGCUGGCUGAGCUGUACCUGAAAGGUCUGGCUGAUUCCAGAGAGAACUGGCUUGAUAUUGAUGACAUCAAGGGGGUGUUCUGGUGCAAACGGACUGACAUAUCAGACUAUGUCCAGGAACAUUGGAAGGAGGAUGCUCUUUUUGCCUACCAGUUUCUAAACGGCGUCAACCCCAUGUUGAUCCGACGCUGUUCAGCUCUGCCUGAUAACUUUCCUGUCACUGACGACAUGGUCUUCCCCAGUGGUCAUUUCAGCUUGGAAAAUGAAAUGGAGAAUGGCAACAUAUUCCUGUGUGACUACAAGCGUUUGGAUGGACUGAAAGCAAACACCAUCCAUGGGAAGAAACAGUACUUGAUGGCUCCCCUCGUCCUGCUCCACAAAACACCUGAUAACAAGCUGAUGCCAGUUGCUAUUCAGCUGAAGCAGACUCCAGCAGAAGACAACCCCAUCUUCCUCCCUACUGAUUCUGAGUACGACUGGUUGACGGCCAAGAUUUUUGUGAGAAGUGCAGAUUUCAACGAGCACGAACUCAAUGUCCACCUGCUGCGCACUCAUCUGCUGGCUGAAGUGUUUGCAGUGUCACUGCUGCGCAAUGUGCCCAGGACACAUUCACUGUUCAAGGUCCUUGUACCUCACACUCGAUACACUCUGCAUAUCAACUUCUUGGCGAGAGCUAAACUAAUUUCUAAAACUGGAGUUUUCACAAAGUUUGCAGCUUCUGGUGGAGAGGGUUUGGUGACACUCCUGAAGAGAUCACUGUCCUCAGUGACCUACAGCUCUCUCUGCAUACCAGAGGACAUCGCUGAGCGUGGGCUGAAGGAAGUGCCGAACUUCUACUACAGGGAUGAUGGACUCAAGCUUUGGGAUAUCAUCCACAGGUAUGUGCAGGGAGUGCUCGGCUUCUACUACAAGAAUAAUGAUGCGGUCAAGGAAGACGACGACCUGCAGAAGUGGAUUGGGGACAUUUUUGAACACGGAUUCCUUUCCCAAGAAGGCACAGGAAUUCCACAGAGCUUUACCACUGUGAAAGAGUUGGUCAAGUUUGUCACCAUGGUGAUCUUCACUUGCUCAGCACAACACUCUGCUGUGAACACUGGACAGUAUGACUAUGGAGGCUGGAUGCCCAACACUCCCAUCUCCCUGCAACUUCCUCCACCAAAAACAAAGGGGACAACAAGCGAGGCCACGAUGCUGCAGACAUUACCUGACAUGGGCACAACGGCUAAUGGAAUGGCCGUCAUGUGGUUACUCAGCAAAUCAUCCUAUGACUUUGUCGCUCUUGGCAAGUCUCUGGAGAAGCAUCACAGUGAGGAGAUUCCCUCCUACUACGUAAAGGCUUUUCAAGGAGAGCUUCAAACAUUAAGCGCACACAUCAACAUCAGAAACAAGAGUCUGAAGAUCCCAUACACAUACCUGGAUCCAGAGAACAUAGAAAAUAGUGUGGCCAUUUGAAUAUCAGAAGGCCUCUCAGCUGUUGGCCAAAUACAGCUUCAUAUUCACAAAAGUGAUAAAGGGAAAAUCUGCAUGCUCUGUUUUAACUGAUACUAUGGUGGAAGGAAGCUACUGCAUGUGAUCAUUUUAUAUUGAUCUGUGAUUUAUAUAACCUAAUUGAUUUAACUGUGGGGAAAAUGUGGUUUAAAUCAUAAUCUACAUCUUA